AGCGCAGACCGAUCCCCCAUCCCCGCUAUAUGUUUGGUGCACGCGCGCCUAGAUUUCUCCGCCACGCAACGCCCCUCGCGGGCACGCGUGUUGUGCUGCGGUUCGAUCCUCUGUUGCCGUCGUGCUGGUACCGUGGCCGGCCGCGGGUCGCUCUGCCUGUGCGCCGACGACGGUGCUCUCCAUGAGAAGCCGUUGGCCGCUGUGGUGUGUCAUUUCUGGGCGCGUAAACUGUUUGGGCAUGGGAUCCAUUGUUGAAGCGUCACAGCCGCCAUAAUCUAGCUCCGCGUCCACUGUCCUGGCGUUGGUGGCGCGCAGAACUUGUCCAAGUAAAUUGGCCGUAGCGUUUCUGCUUUCAUUGUGUGCCUGUUAUGGAGCAUAUCCAUGGUAUGGUAUUGUUAGGGGCCAAUGCCUUCGAAGAUUGUUGUUCACUUGGUGGCCAUCGCCAAGUUUUACAUUUUCAGGCAAAUGUUGGGGCUGUGUCGAGCUAUAAUAGUUGGUGGAAAGCUUGCUGGCGUGAUGGCGGCAUUGGGUUUCGACUUACCCAGCAUGGGAUUAUUUCACACUUUAUCCUCUUGACAAAUGAACACAAUCUUCAAAAUUCAAAGAGGGAGGUGUCGGUCACAUUGUCAUUUUGGUUGGAGUUUUUUAGUUCAGUUAGUAGUCCAUUGAAGUGAAACUAUAUUGCUUUCUUCAAGUGCCGGGGCAAUGGCUUACGAGAUUAGCGAGAUCAAAAAGAUUGGCAUAGGUCUGGUGGGGUUUGGCAUCCUAUUCUCAUUCCUUGGUGUUAUCCUUUUCUUCGAUAGGGGCUUGUUGGCUCUGGGUAAUAUUUUCUUUUUGACUGGAGUGGGCCUUUUACUUGGUUGGCAAUCUAUGUGGCAGCUUUUCACAAAGAAGGCAAACAUUAAGGGAUCGGUACCUUUCUUCAUUGGUCUGUUUCUUCUGUUUGUCCGUUGGCCUGUUGCUGGUAUAAUCAUGGAACUAUAUGGAUCUUUUGUUCUCUUCAGUGGUUAUGGGCCUCCUAUCCAGGCCUUCCUAUAUCAAAUACCAGUCAUUGGUUGGAUUCUGCAAUACCCAUUCCAGCUGUUUGGUCAGUUGAGGCGGAAGCGUGCUUGAAAACUUCUGCAACUGUUAAGAUACUUGACUCUUCAUGGGAAAUGCUGUUGUCAUGUUAAUACAAGAAUAACCUGUACCCUUCACCUUGCGUCGAAAUGAUAUUUAAGUCUUGUGCAUAUGCAUACUUUGGGCUUUCUAAUCAUGAGUCAUUGUGGCAUUUGCCUUUUUCGCCAGCAGGCUAAUAGUUUAUUGUUCAUAUUUAGACAAAGUAGAGCUGCAAAGGUGUUGCUGGAUGCUCGGUUUGUUGAAACAGGAAGAACUCAUUGUCUUUUGUCAUCCUAACAACCUGUGACAGAUUGCGUCCAGAUUCCAGAAUAAAUAAUAUAAACACAGAUGUGUGAUGCUGUUUAUGAAUAGAAAAGCGAACACAGCGGCUGCACUGCUUCAUUCUUA